AUGGCAAAGACAUUAGCUCAAGGUAGGAAACCAGGUAGUGGCAGGAAACCAGGUAAAGCUAAAACGUUAGCUCAAGGUCGGAAACCAGGUAGUGGUAGGAAAAAAAGACAACAACAGCAGCAGCAACAGAAUAAUAUUAUCAAUACAAUUGACCAUGCAGAUAACAAUAAUAAUAAUAUACUAACUCUGUCUCAAAAUCAGUUAAAUGUUAAUUCAAUAAGUUUGCAAUCUAAUGAACUUCCGACAAAUAAUGAUAAUCAUAAUAAUAAAACUGACGAUAGUGGUAUCAAUAAUAAUCUACAUGAAAAACUUGAUUCAAAUGCAAAUAAUCUAUCCACUAGAGAUAUGGUUGCAGCAGACGCUUUGAGAGAGCUGACUCAAAGCCCAUUAAGUUUAACAUCCAGUAAUGCCAAUAAUCAAAGCAGCCAUAAUAAUAAUAAUAAUCAUAUCAGCAGUACUAUGUCAAAUCCUGCAAUAAUUGAUAAUUUAAUGUUACCACCAUUAAAUGAAAUAAUAAGCUAUACAGAUUCCAUGAAUCCAACAGAUGCACAUGGUCAUCAUGACAAUGGUAAUUCAACACUACAAUAUAUAAACUCUAAUGAUUCGAUAGCAUCUCCUUUGAAUCAUUCUGAAGUCAGUACCAUAUCUUUCACAAAUAAACUUAAUAACAAUAAUGGUGAUAAUAAUUCAAGUCACACGUCUGCUUCUGUUUCAGCUCAAAAAAAUUCUGUAUAA